AUGGCAUAUUUUGCAGUACUUCUACCUGUUGAAAUUAUGCAGUCGAAUGCAGUUGCUGUGACAUUUGCUGAUAGAAUAUAUGGUCAAUUUUCAUGGAUAAUACCAGUAUGCGUUUCAUUAUCAUGUUUCGGUGGUUUAAAUGGACUUUUGUUUACAUCAGGCAGACUUAAUUUUGUUGCAGCUAGAGAAGGUCAACUUCCUGCGCUGUUGGCUACUAUUCAUGCUAAACGUCUUACACCGUUACCAUCCAUCCUUUUAAAUUCACUACUUGGUUUAUUAAUGCUUGUUGUUACUGAUCUAUUCGCCCUUAUCAAUUAUGUUUCAUUUGUUCAAUGGUUAUCUAUUGCUGCGAGUAUUUUGGGUAUGAUAUAUCUCCGCUACAGUCAACCUGAUAUUCCUAGACCAAUCUGUUUACCGUUAAUCAUUCCAAUCACAUUCUUGCUAGUAUGUUUAUUUCUGAUUAUUAUGCCAAUAUUUCAAACGCCUAAAGAAGUAUUGAUUGGUCUGGUAAUUGUUCUCUCUGGUAUACCAGUUUACCUAAUUGGUAUUGUAUGGAAAUCGAAACCGAAGUCUUUUAAGAGAAUCUAUGGUUAUAUCACCUUACAGUGUCAGAAAUGGUUACACGUAAUCUAUCCCGAAUGA